AGGGACGAUGGUCUUCCUGUGGUGUCCGUGUACUUCGAAAAACGUGCCGAUCUUUUAUAUGCACGUAAGCUUUAGUUCUCACAAAAUGCACGAAACUUUGCACGCCAGACAGCCGAAAGCAUCAAAAAUCCAUCUAAAGGGUAAAAAAGAGCAUAGAGAAUGCGAUGGAAAUCAAAACGGACCAAUUCUUAUGAACGGGGACAUGGAAGAAGCAAUUGCAUCGGAAGAGAAACCUCGUGUUUCAUCGCUACAUUCUUCGUGCAACGACAGUCGAAAAGUUGACUUUGGACCUCGUUUAAAAAUAAUAAAGAUGAACAACCAAGUGCGAGAAUUACAAACUAUACUAAGAGACAGAACAACAGAGAGAAGUGACUUUAUGUUCUAUGCGGACCGACUGAUACGACUAGUAGUAGAAGAAGGUCUCAAUCAGCUGCCGUAUGACAAGUGUAAAGUCAAAACGCCCACUGGCGCUGACUAUGAGGGACUGUCAUUCAAGAGGGGAAAUUGUGGUGUUAGUAUCAUGCGAAGUGGUGAAGCUAUGGAAAAGGGACUACGGGAUUGUUGUCGCUCCAUCAGAAUUGGGAAAAUAUUGAUAAAAGUCAACAAAGAGACGUCCACACCAGUGGUAUAUUAUGCCAAGUUUCCACUGGAUGUGAAACAAAGGACUGUGCUAUUGAUGUAUCCAGUUCUGAAUACUGGUGCCACAGUUAUUGCUGCCCUGAAUGUACUUAUUGAACAUGAAGUGAAAGAGGAGAAUAUUAUCAUAUUAACAGUUUUCGCAACUCCAGAAGGCGUUGAAGCAGUACUCAACCAGUUUCCCGCCCUCACAGUUCUCACAUCAGAGGUCCACACAGAUUGUCUUGUUCAGUUUGGAGAGAAAUACUUUGGAACUGACUGUUAAACAGAGAAAUAUAUAUAUAAACUUAUGUAUAAAGUCUAGAAGCCUAACCAAAGUUGAAUAUAUUGUUUUAGAAAGUGAAGUAUUUAAUACAACUCAACUUUCAUACCUUUCUGAGUAGAAUCUAACCAGUUAUAAAGGGGCACUUGCAUGGUUGUUCUUCCUGAUUUCUGCACCGUGUUCUUUCUGAUUACUGUACUUGCAAGUUUCUCCUUCGAACUGAUCCAUAUACAGGUCUAUAGCCAUUGGGGGCAGUGGGGGGAGGUUGCAUAUGAGUUCAUUUUUGUUAUUAAAAGAUCAUCAAAUGACAGUGCCCCUCACCAGCAAAUUGUGGCUCCUGAAUGUGCCUGUAAUGAUGUCUCUUAUGGGAGUUCAUUUAGGCAAAGUAUAGACUCCGUUCUGUCCAUGUACCGUUCCAAAUGCAAAUACAUGCAAAUGACUCAGUCAAUUUUUUGUUCAUCUUCAUUUGCAUGCAUUUACACUUGGAACGGCACAUAAAAAGAACAGCGUCUUAACUAGGACUUAUUCAUGUAAAUAGCACUCAAGGGAGCCCCGUUCAUGGUAUGUGUGAAAGUGAAGCUUUUGCUUUGACAAGAUGUGGAAAGAAAGUGCUUUUUUGAUUUUUAUCGGUAAAAGGAUAGGAAUUGACUGUCUGAAAGCAGGCAAGAGCAAGUACAUAGCUGUCAAAUCCAUGUGUCUGCCAAAUCUAUAGGUCAUGGCCCACAGUGGUUCAUGGGUAACGUACAACUAGCUAAAUUCUGGUCUCUGACAGAGUAAAUACGCAGCUGCUUUGUCUCCUAUUAUCUUUGUUCUACAAAGGAGUUUUUUUGUCUCUAUUCUUCUCGUUCUUUGUGUCGAGGUGCGGAUAUUGUUCAUUUGCCCAAUCAAAUUGCAGCUUGUAAGAGCUGCGUUCUGACCCUCGAGGUGCGGAUAUUGUUCAUUUGCCCAAUCAAAUUGCAGCUUGUAAGAGCUGCGUUCUGACCCCUCUGACAGCCUUGCGGGUGUUUCCAGGCACAUAAACAAGAAUGCUACAGCUUUUCAAACCUGGAUUUGUUUUUAGUCACGUGUCUAUUUGCUAAUGUAUUUGAUACCCAUGAAGCAUUGCGGGUUACAUCGCAUGGAUUUUCCAAGUGCAACCUUAUUUGAAAUAGGUGUAAGUACAAACAGCUCGUGUUUCACUUGUCUAAAUUCUUGCUUCUUGUUUGUGAGGAGGCAAUAAACACCCCACAUAUAUAUUAGAGGGUGUUCAUUGUUUUACUGGGGGAGGGACGUUGGGGGGGUCUAAUUACCGCAAUACCGCACUUAUUUUUCGAAAAUAUCGCCAUGACACUAUUCUGCUUAGCAGCCUCUCUUAGUGUCACACACACUUUAGAGUGACUGCUUAGCAGGCUUACACCAGCACUUUGGAUUUUCCUUUUUUUUUUCAGAAGAUCCUUUGUGUAUAAUUCCUGUAAUAUUUUAUUUCAAAGAUAUUUGUUGGUAUUCAGUUUUGUGUAUCAUACUUGGAUGCCGUUUGACAUUUGUCAUAGUUAUGGGGGGAGGGGUGCAUAUAUCACAAAGGGAUUAUCAGAAACUUCCUACUAUAUGAAUGUCAUUUACUUGUCCAGAUGGUAUACGAUGUUAAAAAAAUAAAUAAAAUACUGGAAUUCAAAGCGUA